UGGGAAGAAUGUCCCUUACAUUUGGGGGUCAGUGGGAAGAAUGUCCCUUACAUUGGUGAUCAGUGGGAAGAAUGUUCCUUACAUUGGGGGUCAGUGGGAAGAAUGUCCCUUACAUUGGUGAUCAGUGGGAAGAAUGUCCUUACAUUGGAAGGUCAGUGGGAAGAAUGUCCCUUACAUUGGUGGUCAGUGGGAAGAAUGUCCCUUACAUUGGUGGUCAGUGGGAAGAAUGUCCCUUACAUUGGGGGUCAGUGGGAAGAAUGUCCCUUACAUUGGUGGUCAGUGGGAAGAAUGUCCCUUACAUUGGGGGUCAGUGGGAAGAAUGCCCCUUACAUUGGUGGUCAGUGGGAAGAAUGUCCCUUACAUUGGGGGUCAGUGGGAAGAAUGCCCCUUACAUUGGUGAGUCAGUGGGAAGAAUGUCCCUUACAUUGGGGGUCAGUGGGAAGAAUGUCCCUUACAUUGGUGGUCAGUGGGAAGAAUGUCCUUACAUUGGUGGUCAGUGGAAUGGUGCUUACAUUGGAUGGUCAGUGGGAAUAGAAUGGUUGCUUACAUUGGAUGUCAGUGGGAAGAAUGGUGCUUACCAUUGGUGGUCAGUGGAGGAAUGUCCUUACAUUGGUUGGUCAGUGGGAAGAAUGCUUUACAUUGGGUGAGAUCAGUGGGAAGAAAGAAUGCCUACAUGUGUGGUCAAGUGGGAAGAAUGCCCUUACAUUGGAUGGUCAGUGGGAAGAAUGGUCGCUUACAUUUUUGGUGGUGGCGGCGCAGCGGGGGAAAGAAUGAAAUCCUCUUACUUGAAUUGGUGGUCAGCGGGAAGAAUGUCCCUU